UGUCGUACCACGUCAGCAUAUUCGACAUGCUGAACCAGGGCUUUCUGUGCCCCAUGAAGCCCUACACGGUCAGUACGUCACUGGAUCUCAGCAGCAUCCCAACCCUGGGCGAUGACUUUGUUGUGUCGCAGUUAUCCAAACAGGUCAACACAAGUCGCCGCAACGAGCUCAUCCUCAACGCCUACCGACAACACGCCGUGGGGAGGAAAACCACACUGAUUUUUGCCACAGACAUUGCUCAUAGCCAGGCGUUGGCGGAGCUGUUUAAUGUCGCGGGUAUUGAGGCGAUAGCCGUGACGUCGAAGACAAACAAGGACGAGCGCAGGGCUAUACUGACGCGGCUGAGAGAUGGAAGCCUCCCGGUGGUGGUGAAUUGCGGUAUGGAUGCAGCGCACAUGUGUACGUGUACGCGACUAUUUGGGAUGUGCGUGUAUGCGCGUUUAUGCGUGUUUGAAUAUAACAGCAUGAAGUUCUGGUAG